AUGGCUCGGGUGAGCAAGCCAAGAGUGGUACUUGGGCUCCUUACAUUUGGCCCACCUGGAUCCGAGUAUCAUGGCUCUAGAGUGACGGAUAUCACCAAGUUCACAGAGUGCCUGGACCAUUUUCAGCAGCGAGGAUACAAUGAAGUCGACACUGCAAGAACAUACGUUGGCGGUCUGCAGGAGAGCUUUACCAGAGAAGCUAAGUGGCAACAACGAGGCCUAUCACUUGCAACGAAGUGGUACCCGCAGAAGCCCGGAGACAACACGAAGGAAAAUAUCAAGAAGAACUUAGAGACCAGCCUCGCAGAACUCGGAGGUCAACAAGUCGAUCUGUUUUACCUCCAUGCUCCUGAUCGUUCUGUCCCUUUCGAGGAGACUCUAGAAGCAUGUAAUGAACUUCACCAUGCUGGCAAAUUCAAGCGGCUGGGCAUCAGCAACUACGCUGCGUGGGAGGUGGCAGAAAUUUGCAGCAUUGCAAAACAGCGAGGAUGGAUCCAGCCGACUGUAUAUCAAGCCAUGUACAACUCCUUGACAAGAGCCAUCGAAGAGGAGCUGGUGCCAUGCUGCAGAAAAUUUGGCAUUGACAUCCUCGCAUACAAUCCUCUAGCCGGCGGUGUCCUCAGUGGCAAGUACAAAAGCAGAGAAACACCCUCCGAUGGCCGUUUUUCGGAGAUUGAUCCUAAAAUGGGAAAACAAUAUCGGGAGCGAUACCUCAAAGAUUCGAAUUUCACGGCGCUUCAGAUGGUGGAGCGUGUGGCCAAGGAGCAUGAUUUGACUCUACCUCAAGUCGCGUUUCGCUGGUGUGUACAUCAUAGCAUGCUGGAUAUGGAGGCUGGGGAUGGAAUUGUGAUUGGAGUCAGCAGUCUGGAGCAGCUGAAGACUAAUCUGGAUCACGUUGAAGAAGGGCCGUUGCCUGAUGCCAUCGUUCAAGCAUUGGACGAUGCGUGGCUGAAGGUCACAAAGGCUGAGUGUCCACUGUACUGGCGGUAG